AUGCCGUUUCAACGCUCCAAUAGCGCUGCAUCUACGCAGCUCUUGUCCGCUUCUAUACACGAGCCCAGCGCUUCGAGUCUAUCCUCGCUUCUGCCCGCGACAGCCACCAAAUCCGCUCUCGCCGAGUCCUCAUCCAAGUCACGCAGCCAUCCACAUGAGCCGAAUUCCGCUCCAGCUCCGCCACGUAAGCAACAUCGCGUCUCCUUCCAGGAGCAUCCCGAGCCCUCCUCUUCUGUAUCGCAGAACGCCUCAAAGCGUCGUGGCCGCAAUCAGCGUGCUUCCGAUCAGUCUCUACGGCCAGACACCUCUCACCUCAGGGACAAGCAUUCCGAACAUGGCAGCUCUCGACAUUCAAACUCACGUGCUUCCUCUCGUCAGAGUCGACGCGAGCCCAGCGAGCUCGGCUCUUCCAAGUCUGUAGGCCCUGAUAGCGCUCCAAGCUCUUCUUCGCGACAACGCCGGUCUAGGCAUCGUCCCGACAAGCGCUCAGAGCAAUCCAACCACAACCAAUCGGAACGCCGAGCCAAGUCUGACCCCGAGGAUCCUGCCAGCUCGCAGAUUCGCGUUGCGCCAUCAUCCCGAUCAGAGGCUUCUAUCUCCACUUCGAAGAAGCAGUCUAGGUCAAGGGAACCGAGUCUAUCUGGCAAACGCAGUAGACAGCCUUCUGCACAGGCCAUCCUUCCCGACCUUCGCAAUCAUGAGACCUCUCGAUCCGACGCGGCCACUCGGUCUCACUACUCCGCUUCUAGUCGCCGAGACCGCUUCACUCGCCCUCACGACGCGAGAAGUAUUCCCGGGGAAGCCUCAACUAGUCGUGACGGUCGCCAGCUUUUCGAUCCACGACGCGAUGAUCCAGUCAAGUUUGCCUCUCAACAAAGGAACCAGAUUGAUGAUCGCGCACGCUCUGCUUCCGCUGCUGCUUCCCCUCGCCUCACGCCGGCUUCAUUGGCUCAGCCACAGAUACUGAUGCGAAGGGAUGCAUCAGGAAAUUCAAGUGCAAGUCAUCUAGGCCGCAGCCCAAUCAUACAGCCUUCCCUCUCGAGCCACGCCUUUGCUCCUGCCAUCGAUCCAACAGAUCCGAGGGCCCUGCAAGCGCACCUCGUCGAGAUCAAGAAAGUGUACCGAUCCUUAUCGUCACUCGAAGCCAGCCUUCAAGAAGCACAUCAAGCCGAAGUGGAAAAAGCACGACUCAACAUGGCCGAUUAUACCCCGCCAGAUUUGCGCGAUUUAUCCUAUUGGAUCAACCUGAUCAGCCGACAUCGCGACCUUGCAGAGUGCCAUUCCUUCUUCCUUGAGAUGACCUGCAGGCCCGAGCUACCACGCUCGAUCCAAGAAUUAGGCGAAGUCUACAAUCUACCUUCGAGGUUGUGGCAAACUGCGUUCCACCUCAUGCUCGAAAGCCUUCGCUCCAGCCUAUCCUCUCAGCAUCACCUUCAAAGCAUAGAGCGCAAAGGCGAGAUCCUCGAGCAUCUCACCGAGUUCAUCUACUACGCUUAUUCCUUUUAUUCCGCACUUCAAGAGUCCGAAAGGUAUAAGUGCUUCCGAAGAGCCUGGAUAGAGAGUCUAGGUGACUUGUCACGCUACCGCAUGGCUGUUGCAGGCCUAGCCGCCAACAUGUCGAUCGACAGCGGCGGAAGCGACAUUCGCAACAUACAAUCUGACCAAGAAGCGUCCGACUCAUCUGCCGACGCACGCAUCGAUGAUGACGACCUCGAAGAAGACGAUGACAGCGACCUGUUCUUUGGCGAGAGUGACCGAGACGAUGACAAUGUCAACAGGAUAGGUCAACAAGCUCAACACGUGGGCAACGCACCAAAGCAGAUACGCCCACGCCAGAAUGAUAGAGCAAAUGAUACCGCGAAUCAUCCCACGGGCCGCAAGCCUGAAAAGGCUGCAAAACCUACCGUCGAGGUGGACAAGGCAAGCAUUGGCACUGCCGCUCUUGGCGAUUGGGAGUGGACCGAGAAAGAGACUUGGCGUCAGACAGCCAAGGACUGGUAUGCCAUGGGCAUCACAGAGACUCCCAAUAUCGGCCGGCUUCAUCAUCAUCUCGGCGUGCUCAGCCGUGGCGAAGACGAUCUUCGGGCUCUCUACCAUUUGACCAAGAGUCUCAUUGCCGCGAAACCGUUCGUCUCCGCCAAAGACAGCAUCCUGACGCUCUUCGAUCAAGAGCGACAAGCCCGUCGUCUCCGCCGCGACAGCUCUGUGAAGGAUCUCUUCCUGUACCUGCACGGCAUUCUCAUCACUCGUGUUCAACUCGACGACUUUGAGCCGGUCUCUCAGAGGUUGCUGGCAAGGCUCACCAAACUCGUCGAAGAGCAAGGGCCAGCUGCCCUUCCUCAAUCAGUGUGGACCAUGAUGGCAACCAUCAACAUCGCAGGUCUGUUUCAAUACGGGCACGAAGACUCGAUCCUUGCAGAUCUCCUGCUGCAACAGGCCGGCAAAUCUAGCCGCCACACAAACAGGGCAGAGAGAUCCAAGAUCAACACGCCUACCGCUAUCCUUGUCAGUUCUACAACAAGCAAGACGGAUGACAACUUCCUUAGCGAGCUGCCCAGAGACGCAGAAUGGGACGAUCCCAGCGACGAAGAGUCAGAAGUUGAUGACGAUGUCCAAGUCAUCUCGUUGGAACCUAAGGCCACAAAUGACGAGGUCGAGGCUGUUGCUGAGCUUCCGGGCAUGCUAGAGAAAGCCGCCAAGCUCUGUUUCGACAUCCAGUCUCUCACCUUUGAUCUGUCCAGCGAUGAUGCGCUGUACAGAUCGAACCCUUACAACACCACCAUCAGCACCUUCCUAGUUUCACUCUGUCAGUCCAAGAAGGCGUUCAGAAUACUCGAGCGCUUCAUUCCAUGGCACUUGUGGUUGCAGCACGUAGAGAUGUCGGUCUCUUUAACCGAACGUACUUGGCCGAAAUGCCUUGCUACAUCGUACAUCACCGCCCAGCUGCUUUUGCCAGAAGACUUUUGUCUUCGGGGCAUCUUAGGUUUGUCCCGUCAACUCUUCGACCGGAACCUCUGGCGCAACGCCACAAACGACGGUGCGAUCUCCUCGCCUCAAGGCUUUGACAACGAGGUUCAGGUCCUCGACGCCGAGGAUGGGGAGCUCUACACCCGCACUGAAUCGGCUUGGCGCAUCGCUGCAUCGCGCAGGCGUGACAGCAGCGAAAGCCCGACGUCUCUCGACACUGUUCGCGCAUAUCGCAUGGCCUUCGUCGCUCGUAAGCUGGCCAAGGCGGCACGAGGCUUUGACUUCGAUUCCAAGACUUCGACAUUGUCGCUCUCUAAGUUUCUCCUCAGUCGUCUCGCGAGACGCAAGAUGGAGGAAGAACAUCGUCAACUCGAGGCGAGGAUCCGCGAGCUUCAAUUGCAGACCUCUUCUGCAAGCGACUCUGCAGCACAAGAGGACAUCCACGAAAAGCAGCCUCUGGAGACGGACGAAGAUGACGACUUUGACAGCGAUUGGGACUCAGAGACGGAAGGUAAGCACCCAGCACUCGAGGCAGACGCGGUUCUUGCAAAGCUGGAUGAAGCGGAUGCCACCGACGAGAUCAAAGCUCUUCAUGCAAGAAGCUGCUAUCUUCGGGACGUACUGCAGAACGUCGGAUGCACAUUCUCCGGGAAGCAAUCGCGGCCAGCUGCUGGAAGCAAGGGCCACGAAGGAGGCACUGAUAAGUACAAAGGCGGUGCAGCCCAACCAAAUGCGUGGGACAACAUCGUUCCAGGCUACACGAUCCUCGUCGUCGACACCAAUAUUAUCGUUACUCCCGGCGAUGUGAUUGCACAGCUGAUCGAAUCGCAACGAUGGACUGUCAUCAUCCCUCUAGCCGUAAUCACUGAGCUGGAUGGCUUGCGGCGCAAUGACAACGAGCUGGGUCAAGAAGCCGAACGUGCGAUUCAGUUCCUCGAGGCUCGCAUCCGUAGCCACGCCAAGUAUGUCAAAGUGCAAACCAGCAGAGGCAAUUACCUCAGCGAUCUUUCGUGUCGAUCUGAAGAUAUCGACUUUACCUGGCAAGGUUCAGUAGGCAGUGGAGCUCCUGUUGCUUCUCACCAACUCGACGCCGCUGCGAGCGGUAACGAGACCAAGUCAAUUGCGGCUCGUAAUGUCGACGAAGUCAUCCUGCGUAUCCUUGCUUGGCAGACGGACAAGUUUGUCGAUCGCCGAAACUUGUUGCGCAGCAGCGCCGCCACCAACUCGGCAGCAGGCACCAGCAGCAAAGGAGAUGGUCCGAAGGCAGAUUCGUCUCGUGAGACGAUGUCGAUAUCGUCGGUGCACAAGAGUGUGCUCCUCACCUUGGAUCGCAACCUUCGCUUGAAGGCCAAGAGCCGUGGACUGGUCAGUCUUGACGCAAAAGGUGCAGCCGGCCUUCUUGAGCUCUCAGAGUUAUAA